GGCCGGUCAGUGCUCUGUCCUUGCCCGUGCACACCACCAGCAGUGUCGUCGGUCACCCAGAAACUAGAGAGCAGGGGAGAGAGAAGAAACUCUUGCGCCGCCGAACUCUUUUGGGCUGUUUCUUUGGGCUAGCGAGAAUGCGGCAGCUGUCGUCGCUGCUGCAGGGACUGGCCCGGUCGAUGGCUGGAAAAGAGAGGAAGGAGGAGGAUCCGCAGGGGACGGUGCUGCGGACGUCGGGGACGCUGCGGGGCGAGGGCUCCGGGACCUUGGCCGCCGUGUGGUCUCGCCGCGGCGAGAAGGGCACCAACCAGGACUGCUCCGUCGUCUGGGAGGGAUUCGGAUGCCAGGAGGACACUAUCUUCUGCGGCAUCUUCGACGGCCACGGCCAGUGGGGCCACUACGUCUCCAAGGCCGUCCGGGACUCGCUGCCGCCGUCGUUGCUGUGCCGCUGGCAGGAGGCCGUCACGCUGGCGUCGCUCGUCGACGGCGAGAAGAAGCUCGGCCACUGCCAGUUCGACCUCUGGAAGCAGUCCUACCUGGCCGCCGCCGCUGCCGUGGACGAAGAGCUCCGCCGCAGCCGCCGUCUCGACGCCGUCAACAGUGGCUCCACGGCGCUGUCCGUCGUCAAGAAGGGUGACACGAUGGUGAUCGCGAACGUGGGCGACUCGCGAGCCGUUCUUGGCACCACGUCGGACGACGGCAGCAUCGCCGCCAUCCAGCUCACCGUCGACUUCAAACCCAACCUGCUUCAGGAGAAGGCGCGCAUCUUGCAGUGCAAGGGCCGCGUGCACUGCCACGAGGACGAGCCCGGCGUGCACCGGGUGUGGCUGCCCGACCGGGAGGCGCCGGGGCUCGCCAUGUCGCGUGCGUUCGGCGACUACUGCGUCAAGGACUACGGCGUGAUCUCGGCGCCGGAGGUGACGCAGAGGAGGAUCACCGCCCGGGACCAGUUCGUCAUCCUGGCCACCGACGGGGUUUGGGACGUGGUCUCCAACGGCGAGGCGGUGCAGAUCGUGGCUGACACGCCGGAGAGGGAGAAGGCGGCGAAGCGUCUGGUCCAGUGCGCCGUCCGCGCCUGGAGGCGCAAGCGGCGGGGCUACGCCGUCGACGACUGCUCGGCGAUCUGCCUCUUCCUCCACCACUCGCCGCCAUCGUAGACGGACAGCAUCGUCCCCGCAUUGCCCUGUGGACCAGGAAGAGAGAGAUGCCCGUCCUUCUCUUGGUAGAGUGAGUGCAGACGUCGCGGUCAGAGAUCGAAUGAUAACUGCAGGUCAUGAGAUGAGAGCGUGCGGUAGUUCGGCUGGUGAUCGGGACGCCUGGACGGUGGGCGAAAGUAACUGCUGCCGGUGGUGGAUGACCGAAAGAUGAGGACGAUAUGCUCCGAUUGUCACCCCGAGACAGCUGCUGCGAUCUGAACGGUGGCCCAGAAAAAUAUCUGACCGAGGCAUCUUACAGCGAAUGCCAUGCAUGCCCAUGAUUGAUCGCCCGGGAUCUGGGAAAUGGGAACGGAAGGAUAGGCACGUAUGGGCGUGUAUGGCGUGCAGGUGCAACACGUUACGGCCGUGUCCACGCAUUUGGACUGCGCAUGCACAGGUGGCCGGACAGAACGUGAUCGACAUCCGAUCGCGUGCAUGUGGCGCGCACCUGCAUGCACAUGUAUUCUCCAAAGUACCCCUCUUCCCUGUGCUCAUCACGAAGAAAAUAAAAAAUAAAAAGGGCUUAAUUACAUGACACAUCCCCGUGCUUAUCAUGUCAGAUGUACUACUACUAUGCGAACCAACAUGUGGUUGAGAUGGUUAGGUAGACAGUAGUAUCCCCAUCCCAUCAGGGUUCAAAUCAUGGUACUCGCA